AUGCGUAUUGAUCUCUUAGGGAAGAAGAAGUUUGGAUUUUUCACUGGUGCCUGCAACAAGGAAUCAUAUAGAGAGGAACUUCAUGAGCAGUGGGAAACAUGUAAUGCAAUUGUGCUUUCCUGGAUCAUGAACACUGUGAGUGAGAGAUAUGGUAUUGUUUAUGCCACGAAUGCUUGUGCAGUUUGGGAGGAUUUGAAGGAAAGGGUAUUUGGAUGUUUAUGCUAUGUCACUAUCCUCGCAAGAGGAGAUAAGUUCACAGAAAGGGCAAAACCUAUAGUCUUGGAGGGAUAUUUUGAAUCUGAGAAGGGGUAUUUACUACUGGAUAUCACCUCAAAGAAACUAUCAGUCAGUAGAGAUGUUGUGAUUCAUGAAGAUACAUUUCCUUUUUCUUCCUCACCAGCACAAAAUAAACAAGCUUUCUCAUCUGUAAAAAAUAUUACUGAAUAUUCGUUGAUACCCACAGAUGAAGAAAUACUUCAUGAAACAAAUACUAAGAGUGUUAUUGAAGUAGCUCCAAUUGAAGAGGGUGGAAUUUCUAAUGCUGCAGUCCUUGGUACAGCUUCCCCUAGCACCAACCAUAAAGAAACACGUCAAGAUGAAUAUUCCCCACAUCAACCCUCUUCCAGUAGACCAAUAAGAACAAGCAGACCACCAGUGUGGAUGCAUGAUUAUGUUGAUACUUCCAGAAACCAGAGAUGCAAAUAUCCAUUAGCGAACAACUUAUCUUACAAAAAUCUGAGUCCUACUUAUCAGUGCUAUUUAACUAAAUUCUCCACCUUGAUUGAACCUCAGCACUAUUAG